GGCCAUUGUGGCAGUUCGUCGUUUGGAUUGGUUUCUCUGGCCUUCCGUAACUGAGUGCGGAAAGGCUGAAAGUAGAACAAUUCUGGAUUACGGAUAUUGUCGAAAUAGUAAAUCAUUUUGAUUCUUUUUUUUGCUUAGGAAAAUAAGGAAAUGGGAUGGCAGGCAAUUUUAAGCCUCGCGUUUCCUUAAUUAGAAAGCACUUCAAAUGUGUAAUUUAAGCAAGUUAGACUGCGAUAGGAAGACCUGAAUGUCUGUUGACUGACGAGCUAGCUAACUAGCCUUGAUAGCUACUGGCUAGCGAGCUAACUGUCUAACCAGGUGGCACACUCUGUAGCUAGCUGGCCGUAGCUACAUAACAAAAGCUUGUAGGUUAGCUAGCUAGAUAGCUAAUCGUCUGGUAACACUUGCUGCAAGUUGGAAGUCAGCAUUCACUCGUUGCACACGUUAUCUUUGACCUCGGUGUAUUUUUGCAGCAACCUGAUUCCAAACGUUCUCUAUUGCAGUCGCAAUCGUUAUGGGCAAUGUUAAACAGCUAAUUUAGGCAGCUAGCUAGUACGCUAAUGUUAAAAAUAACAAAGUCUUAACCUAUAGUAUCGCAUUAGUUUAAAGGAUUAUUCAUUAUUGAGAAAAUUGUUAGCAUACAAAGAGUUUAACCAUAGCCAUAGGGUCAUAAAAGAAUGACAACUUUGUCAGAUACUGAAGUAACUGAAAAGAAAUUGAAGUUGGAAGCUGACUGUCACAAACCCUUCAAAGAUUGCUACAAGAAUUUCACUGCCAAAGGUGUCCAGGAAACUGAUGGCACGGCGUUACUGGGCUGUUGUCAUCGAGGUAAUUUGUCUAUCAAUGUGCUGACAGCAAAUAUGGAUAAAACUGGAAAAGAAGUAAACAGCAAUGUCACUGGCGAUUUGAGUGUAGAUGACAUAAGAAAUGAUUUUAAGUCAUUUGAGUGCAAUAGAAAGGAUGAUUGUAAAUCAGAUCUAAAAGAAAAUGACAAGUGUUUUGAUGCUUCAAGAAAACACGGAGAGUCAGGUGAGCAGUUGGAGAAAAAUCAAGGGAGCGUUACACUGCCAAACUCCAAUGUGGACUUAAAAGUGAUCAGUGGCCUGAGUCACAUAAAUACCAUUGACAGUGAUAACACUGUCAUCCAGACAAAGCCCGCCAAUGGAGAAAAAGCUCUUGCAUCAAACUCACUGGAUGCCAAGGGUAGUGAGAUUAAAACCACACCUGUGGAGAAGACAAAGAUGAACCUCAGUUUAUCUCCAAAUGUAAGUUCUAGUGCUGAUGUGGAGAUGCUUAGUCCAGAGACUCCAACUUGCAAAAACUCUCUAUACAGCAGCUCAGAGGAAGGGGCCACUUCUUGUGCUAUACCCCAGGCACCUUGUGUUCGACCCGGUUCUUCUGCAGAUUCCAGUUUCUCCAUUAAUCUAGCAGCUGGAGCUGAGAAAACCGUUGUCAUGAGUGAAGAGUCUGAAGUGAUAGCCAUGGAAACUGACGAUUUCCAAAUGCCUGACUCAAGUAGCAUCAGUUCUUUGUUGCCAAAAAUCACAGCCAAGGAAGAUCCUGGUGUCAAGCAGUCAAAACAGUCACAGGCAAGUGAUGAGAAGUGGUUGGGAACUCCUAUAGAAACACUGAGGAGGAUGCCACAGUGUGGUCAACCCCUACCCCACCUCAGGACAACAGAUAAUCACAAAGUGCUUAUCACGACAGACCUGCUCAAAGAAGAUGAAGUCCCUUUUCCUUACCCUAACAAAUUCCGAGAUUCCUGGGAUGACAUGAAUGUCAAGAUGCCCUGCUCAGAAAAAAACCUGUUUCCUGUGGAGAAUGAGGAUGGAAGUAGGGUGAAGAGUCGAUGGGAGCUAAUCCGAUCUGCCUUGAAAAGUGGAUGCAAGAGUUCACUUGACAUUCGGGAUGCAAUACUGAGCUACAACAUAGCACAUGCCAAGAGAUGGGACUUCACAGCUUUAAAUGUUCUCUGCACAGAAGGGCUGGAGCACUCUGAGGUACAGUAUCUGUUUGAUUCCAUCCUGCCAGAGAUGGUGAAGUUGGCCCUGAAUGCCCCCACGAUUUGUACCCAGCCAAUCCCCUUGCUUAAGAUGAGCAUGAAUCAGUCCCUGACCAUGUCACAGAAGCAGAUUGCCUGCCUGCUGGCCAACGCCUUCUUCUGUACAUUUCCAAGACGCAACUCACGCAAGUCUGAGUACUCCAACUACCCUGAGAUUAAUUUCUUCAGGUUGUUUGAGGGUUCCUCUCCACGGAAGAUAGAGAAACUCAAAACUUUGCUCUGCUAUUUCAGAAGAGUCACCACUUCAGAGCCCACUGGCCUUGUGACAUUCACAAGACAAAGCCUUAGUAAUUUUCCUAAAUGGGAAAGUUCUACUACCCAGCUGACACGGCUUCAUAUCACCUGUGUGGGGACCAUUGAGGAUCAGGGAUAUGGCAUGCUUCAGGUGGACUUUGCUAACAAGAUGGUUGGAGGAGGGGUAACAGGGUUGGGCCUGGUUCAAGAAGAGAUCCGCUUCCUCAUCAACCCAGAACUUAUUGUCUCCCGCCUCUUUACUGAAGUCUUGGACGACAAUGAGUGUCUUAUCAUUACAGGCACAGAGCAGUACAGUAAAUACUCUGGUUAUGCAGAAAGCUACAGAUGGAAGGACAACCACAAAGAUGACACACCAAGGGACGAUUGGCAAAGGAGAUGCACGGAGAUUGUGGCUUUGGAUGCACUCAAGUACAGGCAUUUCAUGGAGCAAUUUCAUCCUGACAAGAUCAAAAGGGAACUCAACAAGGCAUACUGCGGCUUUGUGCGGCCUGGCGUUGACACCCAGAACCUCUCUGCCAUUGCCACAGGAAACUGGGGCUGUGGAGCAUUUGGGGGAGAUACACGGCUCAAAGCCCUGUUGCAGAUAAUGGCAGCUGCAGAGGCCGGAAGAGACGUGGCUUAUUUCACCUUCGGUGACGCUGACCUUAUGAGAGACGUCCACGAUCUGCACACCUUCCUCUCAGACAGGCGCGUCACAGUGGGCAGACUGUAUGUCCUGCUGAAGAGGUACUUCAGUGUGGUGUGUAAAAACUGUCACAGUCAGAGGCCUGAUGUCAGUCUUUAUGGCUUCAUCUAUGAGCAGAUUAGUUCUGAUCCUGAUCCAGAUCAUGAUCGCAAUCCUGAUCCGAGCCCUGGCCCCAGCAGCAGCACCCGUCUGACCACUGCAGUUUCCUCCAGUCCUUCAGACUGCCAUUAAUACUGGCCUGUCAUAGGCUCACAUACCUCUUGUCUUUUCUUAUUUAGCAAGAAAUCUUUUUGGGUAAUUGUUUUCUGAUUAUAUGGAAGUAAUGUAUGCCUUUUUUCAGCUGGUAUGUUUCAAGUCAUAAUAUACUAUAUAUAGGGCCUGAGAAUAUAGCAAUAGUUAUCCUGGUUGCUGGGUUUCUUGCAUUCCCUCAUUUAUUACAGACACCUGUGGCCAAAUUUACUGCAUGGUCUUGAAUUGUUCAGUAUGUAGUUUGAGUGACUAAGACAUUAGUUUUGAUUGACUGAAUAUUAGCAGGGCACUAACAGAUUCGGUACCAUAUAGAUCCAUGUAAUACUAUAUGCAUGAGACUAAAUACACACUGAUUUUCCUUAUCACACCUGAUUAUGAAAAUGUAUCGAUCUGAAUCAUCUUUUUGCCAUAUUGGGAUGGGAAAUGUAUUAUUGUAAUUCUGUUUUCAAAAUUAAACUCCAUGUUAAGGCAAA